AUGCGGUACUUCGUCGUGGCGCACGAAUUUCAGGCGGAGGAGGACGUGGAGUUGUCCGUCUUCAAGGGCGAGAUACUCUGUGCCACGGAGGGCAUCGCUCAGGAUGGCUGGAUAAAGGUUGAAGUAACCACGGACGCACGCCGCCGUGGCUUCGUACCUAUGUCGUACCUCCGCGAAAUCUCCGCCGCGGAGGCAGCAGCUUCGAUGCCGGGGCCCGCCUCCUCCGCACCGCCAUCGGCAGGGGAGUCGACGUCACCCAUGCGCACGCCGCAGCGCGCUGGUGGAGAGUCGUCAGCGAGGGCAGCUCUUGCCAACACAACAAUAUCCACGUCACUGGAUCUGGGAAACUGUAGUGGUGUGGUGGCGAAGGGUUCCAGCCCGUCUCUGCAGCCGAUGCGCAGCCCUGAGACAGCCACUGUGCACGCCGCCCCGACUGGCAGCAGCAUCCACUUGACCCCCGCUCAGCAAGCUGCCGGACCGGUCAGCCGCCACCUGCUCGAGAACCCCAACGCUGUUGUCGACGCCUUUAUGAAAAACGAGGUGUACUUCAACCAACUAAUGCAGCGGCGUGCCUCGGCACUGGCGCAGAUGCAGUCGGGGUUGGAGGAGGCUAUGACAGAGGUUGCGGCUUGUAAAGACCGAAGCGCCGUGCUCACACGAAAGCUGCACGACCUGGAUGGGGUGGUGGAGCGCGAGCGUCAGCGCUGGAUGGACCGGGUCGAGGAGGAAAAGACGCAUGUGAGCCGCUCAGCCCCCUACAGCGCGCCGUUGGCUGCACCGGUCAGCUCCGGGACCACACCGGUUCGCUCGCCUAUCAUCGGCCCACGUAGCGGGCUGGGGCGUAGCGUGCUGGACGACGACAGUCCACGCCAGCUCAGAGCAUAG